GUUGCUGCUGGUGGUGCUGCCGUGCAAGCGCGCGCAGGGACGACACGGGAGGGCGGCCGAGAUGCACAAGAGCAAGCUGUCGGGCGUCCUGCACAAGGGCUUCAAGCCCGACAAGUGCAAGAUUGCGCUCAAGAUGGCCAUGGCGCGGAUCAAGCUGCUGCGGAACAAGAAGGAGGCGCAGGUGCGCCAGAUGCGCCGCGAGGUCGCGCAGCUGCUCGAGGGCAACCAGGACCAGACCGCGCGAAUCAGGGUUGAACAUGUCAUAAGGGAAGAGAAGUUCAUGCAAGCAUAUGACUUAAUUGAAGUAUACUGCGAACUUAUAGUGGCACGCAUGUCCAUUAUCGACUCACAGAAGACAUGCCCUAUUGAUCUGAAGGAAGCAAUAGCCAGUGUUAUAUUUGCAUCGAUGAGAUGUUCAGAUGUCACAGAACUUGGAGAUGUUCGGAAGAAUUUCACAAGCAAGUACGGAAAAGAGUUCGCCACAUCAGCCCUUGAAGUGCGACCUGACAGUGGUGUAAACCGUCUGGUAAUCGAGAAGCUCUCAGCAGGAGCACCGGAUGUACAGACUAAAACAAAAACCUUGAGCUCAAUUGCGGCAGAGCACAACAUAAAAUGGGAGCCGAAAGCGUUUGAGGAGAAUACGCAAAAGCAAAAUGAAGAUCUGACGUAUGGCUCAACAUAUUCUGGAGGAAACGUUCCAACUUCAGGGUCAUCUGCUUCUAGCAUUCCAACUCCACAGCCUGCAGCCACUUCUCGUAUGCCUACUGGACAUUCUUAUGAAUCUUCUGAAGUUCCAGCAAAUAGAAACCCACACGGCGCUGCCAAUUCCAGUUCUUCCACACAAGAAAAUAGAAGGGUCUCGGAUGCUUCAGUUCCUCCUAGGUCCCAACAUGGUGCAACUACUUAUUCCUCAGCAGAGAUUCCGCGAUCUAACAAUUUCCCUCAUGAAAAUACUGGAAAUUCAAGUGUUUCUAGACCUUACUCUCAAUAUGGCUCAACAGUUUCAGACACAAUACCCAGGACUGAGGAGAUCAAUCGGCCUAGGGAAAGGAAGUCUUCAGCUAGCGGCUCCAAUUGGAAUGUGGAAUUCAAGGAUGCAGCAUCUGCAGCACAGGCAGCAGCAGAGUCUGCAGAGAUGGCGAGCAUUGCUGCUAGAGCUGCUGCCCAACUUGCUAGCCGUGGAAACUUCUAUGAAGAGCAAAACACUGGUGAUUAUGAAUCAGCCGCAUAUAUGCAUGACACUACACCCAGGAAGCAACAAGCUGAACAUUUGAUGAAGAAUGAUAAGAGGAGUUCUAAUGAGCAGAGUUCAGGUCCAAGGAGGACCUCAAGUAAUGCAAGAGAAGAUGAGGAAAGAGCAGAAACAAGCCAUGUGAGUAGUCAGAAUAUAUCAACUACUUACUCCUCAUCUCAGCACCACUCUUACGCUCCUGAAAGUCAAAGUCACACCGAUAUGUAUGGCAUGCCAACUGAAGCACCUCGUGCUCAUUCAUCUGAGCCUCCAUAUUUUGAUGAUUCGUCUGAGAAAGAGAGCAGCAUUGGAAGACAUGACGAUCAUCUGUUUGAUUUGCACGAGGAAAGGUUUCCAGAUGCUGGAUUUGAUGGGCACCGCACCAAGGAUAUGGAAAGCAGACGGGCUAGCUUUAAUGAAGAGAACAUAAAUAACUAUGACAGUAAUUUUAGUGCUUCCCACAGUGGCAGCAGUCCAACUUGGGACAACCGGAGUGAGAAAGCUGGAGCUGAUUCUUCAGCUGUUACUUUUGAUCAAUAUGAUUAUGAUGUUGAAGAAGAGAACUUAUUGGAUCGUUUAUCUUCAAAACAUACUGAGGAGAUACCAACUGUCCAAGAUCACAAGGGAUUCUCAAGUGCAGAUUGGAGCCAACAGCCUAAAAGUGAAUCUCCAGUGGGUCAGAACACUUCAACGCUAUUUUCAGAAAUAGAAACUCAGCCAUCUUAUGAUUUAGGAGCAAACAAAGAGGAUAUUCCUUUGUCUCAUUCUUAUGAUACCACACAACCUACUUUUGAUUCGGAUGGUGCUAGUUCUGAUGAGGACAUAAGCACAGGCAUGCAUGGAGAGUCUUUAAGGUCCCAUUCAAGAGGAUAUGAUUAUUCUGAGAACAAAAUGUUCAGUAAUAUCUCUGGAAAGCUUGUCCCUGAUGUCAAUGAUAACAUUGAAGAUGAUAAAUCUAGGUCCAGGAAGCAAUACCAGAAUCCACCAGGUUAUGAUGUAUUUGAUAAGGAGCAACAGAGUGACGGUUCACCUAGAUUUGACUAUUCAGGGGCACAGGGGAGCUUGGGUAGUGUGCAAAUCAGAGAUUAUGAUCUUUCAGAAGAAGAAACAGAACCACCUAAAUUGAAAGGUACAUCCUCAAUAAAAAGAGCAAAUGAGAAUCGACCCUUGUCUUUUCGCUUGGAAACUUCCGUAUUAUCUGAUGACAACGAUGAAGGUGAUCUUGGCCUGAACUAUGGAAGGUUAACUCCUGGAUUAAGAAACAAACCCAGGCAACCUCCACAAUACAAGAAUUCCGGGGGAAACUUGACGCCAAAGCAGUCCUUACAAAAGGCUCCUUCCAGCAUUGAAGAAUCUGUGUAUUCCAAAGAGAGUGACAUGUCAUCCAAGCAGACAAUUGAUACUCCUAAAAGUUCACGCACAACCAAGAAUUCUGUUGGUGCAGAUUACAUCAGUGAAAACUAUGACAGGAAACAUAAUAGUGAAAAACCUGUGGAAUCAAGAUCAUCCGUGACGAGAAAUUACUUCGGUUCAGGUGAUACAGGGAAGUUAUCUGAACGAUCUGGUACUACGCCGUCACCAAAUCCUAUCACAACCAGCAGUCCUGUUAGUGCUAGUUCCAGUCAAGACCUACGUCAUGAAAGACCAGGCAUUGGGGUGGGCAGGGAAGGUAGAUCAAGGAAUUCCAGAACUUACUUUGAUCCAGAUGGCAGUGAGGAGGAGUUAGAACCACGACAGACUGGCCAGACAAAGUUUUCUAAAGAGCCGAUACAAUCGCGCAGAACCCGGGAGGUAACAUCAGAUACAAAGAGAGUUGGCCGAGUCCGAACUGGAGCACAGUAUGCUGCUGAAACUGAAAGCACACCGAAGGAGAGAAAAACCCCCGCUGAAGCAUCCUCGAACUUAAGUACUGAACAAAAUAGAGUGGCACCUCCAUAUUCAAGGGUUUCAGUACAGCAAUCUUCGCCAAAGCCUGGGCGUAUUGAACCUCCCGCGGCUAGAGGCAAGUGGCAAGAAGAUGAACCGGAUGGAAGCUCUUCAGAAGAUGAGGGAAACGCAGUGGCCUCGGCAGGGACCCCGAAAGGAAGCACUCCAGCGUCUACUCCUGCGCAUAUCCACCCCAAGCUUCCAACAGACUAUGAUUCGUUCGCUGCACAUUUUAAGUCGCUCCGAACCAAUCGCCGUUAGCUUUACACAUACAUAUAGGCACGUAGCACCUGGGGUUUCACUUGCCCAAGGUGUAUGCCAAUACUAGAAGCAGACCGCAUGAUACUUUCUAGAACUUGAAUUGAAACGUGUACAGUAUAGAAAUACUCCCAAGUGUUUGGAGAGUAUUGUUCCAUGGUGGUUUUUUUGCGGGGACAGUUUGGAGUGUCAUUGCGUUCUGAUUUUUAUUCCAAGCACACUAUUCUUUCAUUCUCUUUUGGUCGCA